UUAGCGUGCCUCCCUCAAAGCGCAUGCAGGGACCUACUAUGAAAUUGUAAACAAAAAAAGAUGUCUGGUGUGGGAACUGAUGGUGAUGGUGAUAACGCCAACAGGCCUACUAAUGUCAUACACGUAGAUGAAGAUGAAUCGUCAACAUCGCCACCUACCAGUAAUGAACGUAGUCAGUCAAAAACCCAACCAUCUCAAACGAGCUUAUGGGUAAAAGGACAUCUCGUGGACCUGAAAAUACGUGUGUCCUCAUUUUGUGAUACGUCAAAAUCUCCAUUAGACAUUGUGAAUAUGUUAAGGAUAGGUCAACCCUUAAAUGACAUGGCUUCAGUAGAAGUACAAGCAAAGGUACUAGCAGCAAAAAUUAAAAAUAUGACUGUGUUUCGUUAUAUCUUGGAUAAAGUGUUUGAUGAUAUGUCGCUCGGAGAUGCACUACAUUUAUCAACAGAGCCUCGUCUAUGGAAGAUCCAUGCGAUAGAAACUAAGGAUGAGGAACGUUUCAACGAUCGGUUUCGGGUAUCAGGACAAUCCUUCGCAAUGUGGCUACGGCACUGCAUCUACUCACGUGAUGUGACCAAAGAAACUGUAUCAGAAUUCAUGUACCAACAUUUGUUUGUACUUUUCCUACAGCUGUUUGGUGUAAAAUGCUUGUUUGCUCCUGGAAUUCCAAAGAGAACUAUGAGGAUAGGAAAUCAAAAUAUCUCAGGAACGCCCGACAUUAUGGCCAGUUUGUACAGUCGUCAAAACUCAUCAUUGCAAUGCAAGACUUUGUUUGUGUGCGAGGUGAAAAAGGAUUAUGACAGGACUGACGAACCACAGCCAAAGUCUCCGAGAUUUUCUUCACCAACAUCCAGGCCAGAUCCUCCAAUGCCUGACGCAUUGUUAGGCCAGCAUGGAGCUGAGUUACUGAUGUACUACCCAACAUCUUUAGCGAAAAAUGUUAUAAUUGGAAUGAUUGUGGAGAAAACAUAUGUUUCAUUUACAACACUUUCAGUUACCAGUCCUCAAUAUGAAGGUAUUUUAAAAGGAUCAUUGAAAUCUGACAGAGAACAUGGACCGAAAUUGAUUUAUACCAGACCUUACAACUAUUUGGUAAAAAAGGACAGAGACUAUUUGAUUGAAUCAUUUUUGAGAUUGGGAUUAAUUCAAGAGUUAGGGGAGAAUAAUUUGAUAAAGUCUCAAUUCUUGCCUGUAUGUAGUACUACAGCCAGCUGAAAGGUCAUUGUUUUUCUCCCCUACGGCCAUUAAUCAGAUACACAUUUUAUGCAUUGGAAGUAAUUAGCCCACCAUCAUUACAAACCAAUGUAUUGAUUACCAUAUACUUACACCCUACCUGCAGGACAGGUUUGUAUAUAUAUUUUCUGCAGCUAUAUUUAAAAAAAAAAUUAAAAAAGGGGGUUAUGACAUACCAAGGCUUGCAUUGUCGGUAAGUCUGUGGGCUUCAGCAAUCAAGUUCUUCUCCUUAACCACUGAUUCGAAUGUGACCUUGUAUGAGAUUGUGCAAAUGAUUUUAACAAUUGAAGAUUGUUAUCUUUCUUUCUUAAAAAGUCCACAAGAGAAACCCCAUUGAUCUUGGGGACCCAACAUUGAAUUAUCUUUAUUUGUUCUAUGCAAGAUCGGAAUAAUCUGAUGACAGCGAAGAAAAAAGUUUGUCACUGCUCUAUUUAAUUUCCCCAUAGGGAAAAUAGAGCAAAUGCUUUAAAAUCCAUUCACAUCCAUAGGAAUGUUGGUAUAGUGUUCCAGUUCAGUGUAAGCAUCCUUGCGUGAAAAAGAAUCAAGUAUGUACAAAUAUUGGGUCUGUUUCUUGAAGGAUUCUGUCCCAAUUCAGUCAGUUAACAUCCUUGGGUUAAAGGAAUAUUUUGUAUAAACAGAGGGUCUUGGCUCCCUUGGACAAGAGGGGUGGUGCUGAUAUAUGACAAAUUCUUAAAGCCUUUUUAGAAGUGACCUAUUCUAAUCGCCUUUUGUCCUUCGUUGUGCGUCAUCCCUGGUAAAUAAUUUACAUUUUCGACAUCUCAGAAAUCCCUGAACCAAUUUCCGCGAAAUUUGGCUAAGUCAGAGGUUAUCUGAUUUCAGUGUUUUUCACGCUUAAAGGCUCGACACUAAAAUAUGAUUGUGCUGAUUGAAGUGAUGUUCAUUGUUUUCAACUGCAAUUACUGUUAAAGCACUAAUUGAUCAUUUCACGAAUAUGUUUCGAUUCUGUUAUCCACUAAAUUUUGAGUACAUUUACAGUAAUGUGUUUGAACAUCUCAAUACCCUUAAAUUUGAAUCCGUAAAACACUUGACUAACAAAUGUAAUUCCAUUAAGUAUGCAACAAUUAGGUCAAAUGACAAAAAGGGGGUGAAGCGGAAUCAAUUUUGUAUUAGCCAUGAAAUUUGAAUGUUCUAAAAACAGGUAUGGUGAAUAACAAUUUAUCAUCAGUAACAUUUAUGUGGCUUGACAUUGGGAAUGCCUAUAACAAUGUUUUUGCUUUCAAACUGCGUUAUGCAAAUGGAGUUUUUUGAGUCUGAUAUUGCUUCAAGAACUCAAUGGAUUCUAUUGGUCUUUGAGUCUCCCAAACUACGCAUUUUUGGGUCGGUUCUAAUUUGUGUCGUGGAUAACAAAUCAUCAUUAAGAUUUUUUCGACAUAACAUUUUGUAUGUUUGUUACCAUAUAUUUGGUUCCAUACCACAAAAUACAAAUUGGGUUCUUUAGUCUGAUACUGAUUCAAGACCUCAAUGGGUGUUAUUAAUCCUCGUGUCUCCCAAACUCUGUAUUUUUAUAAGUUUAAAACUGGUAUAUUGCAGAUGAUGAGUUGUUAUUCAGUAUACCAGUUUUAAGAUGAUGAAAAUACAGUGUUGGAGACACUAGGUGUAUCAGGUUUGGCUGUUAUCAUGUGUGUCUCUAAAACGCCUGUCAGUUGACUGUGUGUCAGAUAUUGCAGUCAUUGGAUAUUAGUCGUUUGUUGGAAUUACUGUAUCUUAUUUGUCUAUCAUUUGAAAUGUUGCCAAAAAUAAAAAAUAAACGUUAAACAUUUU